AUGUCUUUGAGCUUCGUCGCUCCCGUCGCCCCCGUGGCCGUCGCACCUGCCGCAACCGCGCGCCGCGCAGCGACUGCAGCGACUGCGGCUCCCAGCGCCGAUGGCGCCAGGGGAGCGCAGAGCGCCAUGGUGCUGGGCGCCAUGUGUGGCCUGGGAGCCUAUGCAUCAGGCAUGAAGGCUGACCGAAGCCGCAGCAAGAGGGGCUCUAAGGUGGUGUCGCAGGCCCUGGGCUCCAUCGAUCAGUUCCGCGUCUUUGGACCUCCUGAGGAUCCUUUCGAGAUUGAGACUGACAAGGUGCUGGGCGUGGGUGGUCAGGGCACCGUCUACUUGUGCCACAAGAGGAGCACUCCCAACGUGAAACAUGCGGUGAAGACCAUCCCCAUCUGGCGUUUGUUGAUGGAUCCCUCUUGCGACCAGAAGAUCGCUGAGAUCCGAAAAGAGACGGACGUGUUGAUGAAGAUCCAGGGCCAUCCCAACAUCUGCAGCUGCCUCGGAUGCUUCGAUGCGUAUCGCCCUGGAACUUCGCAAGCGCAGUACAUCAUGAUUGUGAUGGAGCUGAUUGAUGGAGGUGAAUUGGCGGGCUACAUCAAAGAUGGACAGAACAGUCUGCCCGAGGAUGUGGUGAAGAGCGUCACCAAGCAGACGGCCGCGGGGCUGAAGUUCAUCCACGACAAGGACGUGGUGCACCGGGACCUGAAAGCGGAGAACGUCCUGGUCUGUGCUCCGCAGAUCACUGCCACCACCCCAGUGAAGCUGAUCGAUUUCGGCGUGGCCAAGAGCCUCUCGGGCACCAUCGCCCGGAGCUGCGUGGGCACCACCGAGAUCAUGGCGCCGGAACUGGUGAGCGCCAAGUUGAUGAUCGCGCCCAAAGGAGCCUCCAUGAAGAAGCACGGGCCCUACACCUUCAAACCUCCACAGGAAGCCUCCCCGGGCUUCGGCAUCGUGACCCAGCGACCGGAUGGGAAAGGUGCCAUGGUGAAUGGCAUUGAGCCUGGAGGACAAGCGGCGCAGUUCAACGUGGGCGACGGCUGGGCCAUUGCCUCCAUCAACGGCACUGAGAUCUUGGAAAUGCCAUUCGUGAAGGAUUUCAACGAACUGGGCGCAGGCACCAAGGCAGGUGUCACCGCCAUCACCGAGAUUUUGGGUGGUCUCACGGCUCCCUUCGCCGUGGAGUUUGUGGAGUUGCCAAAACGCGAAUUCACCAAGGCUGUCGAUUUGUGGAGUCUGGGAGUCACCAUGUAUGUCAUGCUCACCGGUGUGAAGCCCUUCACGGAUGAGAGCAAGAUCGUGGAUGGCGAGUAUGAUCCCAGUCUGUUGAGCAAAUGCUCCCCGAACGCACAGGACUUGGUCCGAAGCCUGUUGAAGGUGAACCCCGCCGAACGACCGACCAUCGACCAGGUGUUGGCCCACCCCUUCUUGCAGUAG